UGCAUUGCAGCACUGGCACACAGAGCAGAUAUCUGAAGGAAGGAAAGUUUGGGGGUUGAAUUUGAAACACUACACCACAGAGCGAACAAAUCGCACACACACCAAGGAGAGACCUAAAGGAGGAAGAAAGAGCGUCCCUUUUUUUAAAUUCAUUUUAUCCGAGUGCAAUAUUGUCUUGUGGGACUUAAAGGGACGAAGAGAAUUCUUUGUUCUUGUACUGCAGUGGGGCUAACAUUGGCUCAUCCGAAUACAGAGAACUGUGAUCGCAGAGAAGACCCGUGUGUUUUUUUUUUUAUUUUUGUUUUGUUUCUUCUUUUUUGGGACAAAAAACAACCCUAAAAAAAAAACAACCCAAAAACCAAAUACAUCCACACAAUCGAAGGAAAUAAAUAUCAUCUUUCCCUGCACAUUAAGAAUGGUUACUCAGAUAAUCAGCACAAUGGAAACUCAGGUGUCCAACGGUCCGACCGGAAACAGCCUCCCCAACGGUCCUGUGGUCAGCACCAAUGGUUCCACGGACGACAGUAAGACGAACCUGAUUGUAAACUACCUGCCUCAGAACAUGACCCAAGAGGAGUUUAAGAGCCUGUUUGGGAGCAUCGGGGAGAUCGAGUCGUGCAAGCUCGUCAGAGACAAAAUUACAGGUACCGUACCUGCAGCAACCACAGGUAUUAGUGCAGGUCAGAGUUUAGGUUACGGAUUUGUAAAUUACGUCGACCCCAACGACGCUGACAAAGCUAUCAACACGCUAAACGGACUCAAACUACAAACCAAAACCAUCAAGGUGUCCUAUGCCCGCCCCAGCUCCGCUUCUAUUCGCGACGCCAACCUGUACGUCAGCGGGCUUCCCAAGACUAUGAGCCAGAAGGAAAUGGAGCAGCUCUUCUCUCAGUAUGGCCGGAUCAUCACCUCCCGAAUCCUGGUGGACCAGGUGACAGCAGGUAUAUCGCGAGGAGUAGGAUUCAUCCGGUUUGAUAAACGCAACGAGGCCGAGGAAGCCAUCAAGGGUUUGAACGGGCAGAAGCCGUUGGGUGCUGCCGAGCCCAUCACCGUCAAGUUCGCCAACAACCCCAGCCAGAAAACCGGCCAGGCUCUGCUCACCCAGCUGUACCAGACCGCUGCACGCAGAUACACGGGCCCCCUGCACCACCAGACACAGAGAUUCAGACUCGACAAUAUACUAAACAUGAGCUAUGGGACCAAGAGCUCUCCCUCUCUGCUCCCCAGGUUCUCCCCGAUCACCAUCGACAGCAUGACCAGCCUGGCUGGAGUGAACCUGACGGGGCCUUCGGGAGCCGGCUGGUGCAUCUUCGUGUACAACCUCUCCCCCGAGGCGGACGAGAGCGUGCUGUGGCAGCUGUUCGGGCCCUUCGGGGCGGUGACCAACGUCAAGGUCAUCCGCGACUUCACCACCAACAAGUGCAAAGGCUUCGGCUUCGUCACGAUGACCAACUACGACGAGGCCGCCAUGGCGAUCGCCAGCCUCAACGGGUACAGGCUGGGAGACCGGGUCCUCCAGGUCUCGUUCAAGACCAGCAAGCAGCACAAGGCUUGAAGAGGCGAGGAGACGACAGCGGCAAUCCCAUUGGAAGAAGAGUUCAAAUACACACAUUAUUACACGCCCGAGUCCCCUUUUUUUAAGGAAACACUAGCCUGAAUUGAAUUAGAAUAUGAUUUAUUCAAUAUGGACGUUUAAAUGGGAAAUAGAGACUGCGAUCCCAGGGGUCCUUUUUUUCUAGUUUAAUUGGUUUAUAGCGCCUCUAUAGUUAUGACAGCCGUAUUAUUGUCUAUAGUCUAGAUUAUUGUACUUAAUGGCCUUAUAGUAACACAAGCUAUCUAUAGGGGUGCUGUAAUCAGGCUAUGGUCUUGGAGACACUGGGAACUGCUAUAUAUGUGGCUACUUACAGCAGUCUCUUAAUUUUGGAUUAAAUUCAUGCAGAUAUGGACAAAUUGGAAUUCAGAAAUGUGACGUGCAAUUUUCUUGGGAAUAGUUCAAUUGAAAAAAAAAAGCCUAACACAAACAACUUAAAUAGAAAUAUGUAUAAAAGGUGUACAAUUUCUACCAUCAACGUUUGGGCAUUCGAAACAUCAAGAUCAAACAAAGACUUUUUUAUUAAAAAAAGAGAAAAGAAAUGAAAAAAGAAGAAGCAGCCAGUGUUAGCUUAUAUACAUAUAUAUAUAUACAUAUAUAAAUAUUUAUCGAUAUUUAUCACGGUAACAGCCAAGUAAGUAAGCAAUUUUAUAAACCGACCUUUGAAUACUGUUUCUGAAACUUCUUAAAGAUGUUCCAGAAGGACUGGGUUUUCUAGCCCUUCCAAAUGUUGUAUAAAAAAAAUCAGAAUAAAACCACACAUCUUCUUAUAAAGACAUGUUGCGUUAAUGAAAAGUUUCUUCAACGGAAACCUAGGGCAGGGGGGACUAUUAAAACAGACGCGCGCACACGCAGGCUGAUUCAAAAUAUACGAUACAAAAACUUUCAAGAUGCUCCCGAUAAUUCUUUCAUUUUAUUUUUCAUUUUUAGAAAUAUAUUUAAAAAUAAUAAUUAAAAAAAAAAAAUUGUCUAUGGAAUUGUGGACUCCUUAUAAAAAAAGAAAAAAUGUUCACGGCAGAUUUUUUUUUUUUUAUUCUUCCAGUUGACAACCAAUAUUGGGGUGCAAAUCAUUUAGUCUUCUGGUGACCAAGCCCUGCCUGUAUUAAGCCCCGCCCCAAUCAAGCCCCGCCCCAAUCAAGCCCCGCCCUCCCCUUCAAUGAGCUUUUAGUGUUCCGUGGAUGACUGUGGGCGGGUCAUGUGAGCAGUCCAGACCAAAUGAGAAACUAUCAUCACCUAUGGUUGCUAUGGUACAAUAAUACAUUAAGAAAAUGAAACAUGUCUACUGAUCCCAAAUUUGCACUCCUGGUAUGCCUGUUGGAAUUAGACAAAAGAAACACGCAUUUGACAGUCAAAGCUGCAUAGAACGACUGUGUGUUGCACGCAAGACUGGGUUCCAUCGAGCUACAGACAAUUUUUUAAACGCAAUUGUGUAUUUAAAAAAAAAAGAUCAAGGAGCUUAUCUGAAAUUCCGUAACAAUUUUUUUUUAUUUAAGAUUUAUUUUGUAUUAUUUCAAUUUUAAAAAAAGCAAACACUUACCAAACUAAGAAAAAAAUCAAUAAAUGUAUAUAAAACGUACGUGCAUUCUAGAAGCUGUCCCCUUUUUAUUCCAAGAUCUUCCUUUUUUCUUGUGACUUCAGAUAAAAAGAACGGAAAUAAUACAAAUCAAAGGAUUGUUCGAAAGAUCAAAUUUCAUAUUUUCCACGUUUGGGAGGAAAAUAUAUUUAAAAAAAACAGAUAAAAAAGAAAGACAAUAAAUAACAUUAAACUGUGUUUGAAUACUUUUUGUUUUUCUAAAUAACACAGAACUAGCCAAAGAGCUUAAUCUCUUUGAUGGGCGAGGGUUACUUCAACAAAAAAAACAAAUAAAAAAAAAACAAAAAAAAAAGAAAAUCUAUUUUUAUAAAAAAGGACAAAGACCUUGUUGAGAAUUUUUACUGAUUCUUGAGCUUAAAAAAACAAAACAAAAAAAAAGAAUAUUUUGACAGGCUACAUUGUUUCAUUGUUUUGAGGAUAACAUUUCAAAAAUAAAUAGAGAGAGAGAGAGCUAGAGAGAGGAAAGAUUGUGUCGCGUGCACGCCUGAUUGUUAAAAAAAAAAAACUUUUUAAGACUUUGAAAAAAAAAUUAUAAUAACAAACGUAUCUCUUUUUGGAGGCGUUGCCCUGAUAGUGUUAGACUUCUUUCAUUAAUUAUAUUCUUUUAUCCCACGCCCAGGAGAACGGAAAACGGGACCUCGAUUGAACCGUUCAAAACCCCAAACUCUCCAGAAGAAGCGUUCUUACUGGCGAGAAGAAAUCCAUCUUCUCAUAUUUAUUUAUUGCUUGGAAGGAUCUCUUUUUUCUUAGAAUAUCCCAAACAAAGCAAAACACCUGAGAGCGGCCGAUAUUAGAACUUAAACACUGAACUAAACUUUUAGCCUUUAAAAUUUUUAGUUUUUUAAAAAUCACCGAACUGAAGCGGCCACGUACCGUCAUGGCUACAAUCUUGCAACAGAUAAAAAAUAAUCAGCAAUGGGCUCCUGAGUGGCGCAUCCGGUAAAGACGUUCCGCCAUGGAGUGCAGGAUGCGGCCUAUAGCCUGGACAUCGCCGGUUCGAGCCCACACUAUUCCACUGCCGACCGUGGAUGGGAGCUCCCAGGAAACGGCGCACAAUUGGCCAAGCACCACCUGGGGGGGGCUUAGGUCGGCCAGGGUGUCCUCAGCUCACCGCGCACCAGCAACCUCGGUAGACUGGCCUGGCACCUGCGGACUUACCUGUAAGCUGUGUUGUCCUCCGACGCUGUGGCUGCAUGGUGGGUCUGCAGAGUGAAAGGAAGCGGUCGGCUGAUGGCACACGCUUCGGAGGACAGCGUGUGUUCGUCUUCACCGCUCCCGAGUCAGCGCAGGGGUGGUAGCUGAGCCUAAAAAUAAUUGGAUAUUCUAAAUUGGGAGAAAAUGGUAAAAAAUGAUCCCACGAAGAGUCGACAGAUCACAGUGAACCAUCACAAGCGAAUUCUGAUCAAAUACUGGACGACAAGAAAAGACAUUUCUAAGUCACAACACUCAAUGUAGGCCUAUAUUGUAUAAGAAAAAGGACAUUUCUUGUACUGCUGGAAAAAACAGAGAUCCUUCUUCAACACCAUGUUAAUAUUUAUUUAAGGUAAACUAACACCCCCCAAUCGUUUGAAGAAGUACGCUGGUAUUAUUAUUAUAAUUAGUUUAUUUAGCAGAUGCCUUUAUCCAAGGCAACUUACAGAGACUAGGGUGUGUGAACUAUGCAUCAGCUGCAGAGUCACUUACAACUACGUCUCACCCGAAAGACGGAGCACAAGGAGGUGAAGUGACUUGCUCAGGGUCACACAAUGAGUCAGUGGUUGAGGUGGGAUUUGAACCGGGGACCUCCUGGUUACAAGCCCUUUUCUUUAACCACUGGACCGCACAGCCUUUAUUGGCGCGACAGGUGCAUCGUGCUUUUGAUUUUCUUAUUGAUCGAGAAGAUAAAAAACAAAGAUAUAUAUUUUUAGAACGAUAAAUGUAAAAUCAUGUGAAAACGAUCAGCGAAAUGCAUCAUUAAAAUAAAAUCGUAAAGUGAAAAUAAAACACUCACCCCAAGCCAAACAAGCACCUAGUCUGAUUCCACGAAACGAUAUCCCUUUCAAAUCAGGCAACGCUGUAUUCCGACUGUAAACAAACAAAACAACCGGGCUCACGCUGGCGAAAAAGAAAAUAGCGACGUAACCUUUUUGGUUAAGUUUAAAAUAGGCCUAAGAAGUAAAAAAAAAUAAAACAAAUCUACCAGGGAUACUGUUUUUGCUUCAUUUUUAGCCCAUGCUGGUUUCAAAUACUAAAACCUCAUGUUUUGCAUAUCGAUUUCACCAGUUAAUUUAGCGUUUUGUGUCAUUGAACUGUACAAGACACACACACACACACACACACACACACACACACACACACCGCGGUUCUACGGUUUCUCGCUUUUUAUUUGGAACAAACUUGAGAGGAUUUUUUUUUUAAGACUUAGUUGCUUUAGUUUUUAAGUUGAUUGCAGAUUUUAGAAUUAGUUAGGCUUUCUUGAUUUAAAAUCAAAUGUGUCGUGUUUGUAAGUCUGUGGUAGCUUUCAUUGAAACAAAAAAAAAUGGAAAAAUACACGAUGUAGCGCCAUCAAACUUGUAAUUAUUUGGGCGAUUUUUAGCUUGUAGUUUUAACUUAUUCUUGUUAACUUAAAAAUCUAUUUAUUAUUAUUAUUAUUAUUAUUAUUAUUAUUAUUAUUAUUAUUAUUAUUGCCUCGUAUAUAAGUAUGUUUUGUGUAUAUUUAUGGUUUAUUUAAUUAUAUUUGCAAGCUUAAGCAACUUAAGUUUUCAGUUUGCUGAGAUGUGGUUACGCUGUUUUUUCUUCUUGAAACGGGAACGAAAAAAAUAUAUAAUACAAUUACGCUGAGUAAGGCUCUCCAUAGAUGCACUGAUUAAAAAAUUGAAAAAAAAGUAAAAAAAAAAAAAAUGUAGUCAACAAAUAUUUAGAAACAUUAUUUGUGUGCUUGAUGUUAUGACUAAUAUUUGUAUUACGUUUGUCUUGUUAAAAAAAAAAAGCUUUUUCUCAUUCUUUCAUCUUGUAUACAAAUAUAUAUUCUGUUUGUAGACCCGUUUUUGUUGGUUUUUUUCUUUCUUUCCUCCCCCAAGCAUGUAAAGACCCGGUUAAAACCACGAUUCUGAAGUGGUUGAUAAUGACGAUUGAUGUCACCUCAGUGUUGCAACUGUGCCACUACAAAAUGGCGCCCAAUAAUGGCACCAUGUGCUUCAAAAUGGCGGUCGUUGGUUGGGUCAGAGUCCUUCAGAAUGCUUGCGAUUGAAGCAUCUAUGGUUGUGUGACUGGCUUCCUUUAUAGCUCAAUAAUUCGGGAUUUUAUUUAAGGAUUGUCCCGUCAAACAAAUAUGUUAGAAUUAUAAUAAGGAUUGGUAAUAAAUGUUAAGAUACCACGCUGGGCUUAAUCUCCCCCCCACCCCCCCAAAAAAAACACCAAGGCUUCCAGUUUAUAAGUUUAUUGGAGGAAAAAAAUUGACAAAAAGUUGGAAAUGCUAUAUUGGCAAAAUGGUUUGUUUUAUACACUUAAAGAUUGAGAAAGAAAAAAGAAAUCAGAAAUGAAAAUAGGUACUGAAUAGUCUUGAGGUCCGAUUUUAAGGAAUGCAACACAGUGGGGAAGACUAAUCGUUUCCCGAUUCUUCUUCUUCUGAGUGUGUAUUUCGUUGGGGGAGGAGAUGGUCUGUGUUUCCUUUGCUGUGUCAACUUUUAACAUUUAUUUGGAUGGUUGAAAAAAAAAAAAAUCAAGUCAGAGUAUGUCAGAGAAAAGGAGAAAAAAAACCAUUGAAAAAAGAACAAAUAAUUUAAAAAAAACUUACGGCUACUUUAGGAUAUUUAUUACUGGGAUAUCAGCAGGGUGCUGUGAAAUACUUUUUCAUGGAAUUGUUUAAUGAUUUGUACUUUUCAUGCCAGAAAAAAAAAUUAAAUAAAUAAAAGGUUAUGAAUCUUA